CACAAUUUCCGGCAUAGGUGGCGCGAUAACGCUAUACUGACGACUUCCGUCUUGAAUAUUUUUGCCUGGCGUCUUACAUUAAUCUAAAUUAAUCGACGUCUAAAUUAUUUUAUUAUAAUGAUAACUACCAGUUUUUAAUCGUACAACAACAAAUCAUCAAAAUGACACAGACUGUAGGAAGGAGUUCUAAGAUGUUGCAGCAUGUCAACUACAGGAUGCGAUGCACACUGCAGGAUAGCCGUACAUUUAUAGGAACCUUCAAAGCUUUUGACAAGCACAUGAACUUAAUUUUGGGAGACUGUGAUGAGUUCCGUAAAAUCAAGCCAAAGAGUUCUAAAGGAAGCGAUAAAGAAGAGAAAAGAGUUUUAGGCUUGGUAUUGUUACGUGGAGAACAUCUAGUUUCCAUGACCGUUGAAGGGCCCCCUCCUGCAGAGGAGGGUAUUGCAAGAGUUCCUUUAUCUGGAGCCGGCCCUGGUCAAGGUAUGGGAAGAGCAGCUGGACGUGGCCUUGGUCCAGGUGGUGGAGGUGGACCAGGAUUGCAGGGUCCAGCUCGAGGGGUUGGUGGUCCAUCCUAUCAGAGUAUGCAGCCAGGUGGACGUGGAGGACCUCCUCGAGGACCCCCUGGGGGUGGAUACAGAGGUGGUGGUGGAGGUGGAAUGAGAGGAGGAUACAGAGGAGGUCCCAGAUAUUAAAAGAAAAGAACACAAUCCAUGUAUGAGAGAAGAGAGAAUGUAUCAGGACUAUCAUUUUAAAGACUAUUUGUGGACCAUUUAUAAAUCAUGUUUUUACUUUUACAUGUUUUAUGUCAGAGAAAUCAUCUCAUUUCAUUUCAUGUUGUACAUAGUAAAGAAAUUACUUCUAAA